ACCCGUUGUCAUCCAUGUUGGUCCCUUCCUCAAUAGAUGGUAACGUGAUUUUCAGCCCUUAUUGAGUCGGAAUGCCCCCCAGUUUAGCAUUACCGUAUCCUUGGAAAAAGAGUCGCUCACAUGAGUUUUGUUUACUUCCUCUCUGAUUUGUUCGUGGACGUGUAAAGAAAGGCCCAGCUAUGACCCCCAAGCCAUUCAGCCCAGAAGAGAUCCAGAGGAUCCUGGGAUCUCUCCAGAGGCCUGCCGUCUUCCUCAACAUUACCUGUGAUUGGCCAGUGCUCCUCUGGACUGUAGACCACCUGUCACGAUGCCUUGGAGGGAAGGCUGUCCGGUUCAGAAUGGGAAGGAGACAGCAUGAAAAGAAGACACCUCUUUUUGAGACUCAAUGCUCAUAUGUAGAUGCCAAACUGGAGGAGUUUCUGUCCUGGACAGAGGGUCAGACUGGUGCAGAAGAUGUGGGGUGUUUCUCGAACUACCCCCUCUCUCUGUACUGGGCCUAUGCAGACUACAAAUACAUUGCACUGCUGCUCCAAGAAAAGCCCUCCAUGUUUGAGGACGUAGUGUGGUCUCAGUUUGGGUUCCCGGGUCGUAACGGGAGAGACAGCACACUGUGGAUUGGUACAGAAGGUGCCAAUACCCCGUGCCACCUGGACUCCUAUGGGUAUAACCUGGUACUACAGGUACAAGGAAGGAAGCGUUGGCACCUGUUCCCCCCUGCAGACACGAGUUGUCUGUACCCCAGCAGGAUCCCCUAUGAGGAGUCUAGUGUGUUCAGCCAGGUGGACGUGCUCCAACCAGACCUCCAGAGGUUCCCUGCCUUCAGACACGCCAGGGCCUACACAGUCACCCUGCAGCCUGGACAGGUGCUGUUUGUCCCCAGACACUGGUGGCACUAUGUGGAGUCUAUUGACCCCAUCACCGUCAGUGUCAACUCCUGGAUUGAGUUGGAAGUUGAUGAUGAGGCGAGAGUAGGCGAGGCCCUCACCAAAGCCAUCGUUUGUGCUCUGAAGACGACACCUAGUAACGACAAUGAUGAUGACUGGCUCAAUCCCACUGAGGAGGGGUUGGUGGGACAUGACGAGAACAUGCAGUACCUGAACCUGGCUGUGGGGGCCUGCAUGGAGAAGAGAGGGAUAGCAAGUCACCGUGACCAACAGACCCAGGACACCCCAGCAUGUCCAAGGGCAAAACGUGACUCCAGGGGCCAAGCUAAGAACACCAGCUCUUCAUCACCACCAGCAGAGUACCUUUCCUCCUCUUACACACCAUCCACCAUGCCCUUCGGCCCUCACCUCAUCCCUGUGGCCUGGAACCAGAUCACCAACCAGGAAACUACAGAGCAGAACCCCAAAAACCAAGACAGAACGUCACCAUCCAGAGACUGUGACAUAAUCAGGUCUUGCAGCGUAACCCAAAACACCCCUCCCACACCUGUCAGUGGGAGUAGAGCCCAGCACCAGCAUGGAGGGGAAAGCAUGUCCAGCUCCGGUUCAGCCUCAGACCCCCUACUGUUACCACAGCCAGGGUGCAGAGAUGGAGGAAGGCCACCACCUGGGGACAGAGACCAGGGCAAUGGUGACAGAGCACACUGCCCUGUUGCCAUCACCACCAACGACCUACUGCAGUGCCUGGUUCACCCUGAGGUCAUUGCUAGAGUCUCUGAGCUACUGAUGGAGAGAGUCCGGUCAGGGACAGCCACAACACCAUAGCUUCAUAAUCUACAUUCCAACGUUCAUUCUAGUAUGCUACUGAGAUUGAAUGCCAAAAUACAUUGCUUCAUUCUAAGUGCUAAGCUAGUAUGGAUAUUGCAACAGAGCCUAACAAGUAGAUUGUACGUAACUUCCCCCAAUUGUUAAAAAUGGGGAAAGGAGUCAUCAUCAGUAAGUCUAUAGAGUUUAACUGGGUUCAGUUGACUUGACGGCUGAGGUAGUCAAGGUGGAGCAUAUCAUAGUAUUAAUACCUCUGACACUGGCUAUUAUUUCCCCUAAUGCUGCUGGGAGUCUCUGGCUACGUCCCAAAUGGCACCUUGUUCCCUAUAUAGUGCACUACUAUUGACCAGAACGGCUUGAUGAUAAGGCGAGAGUAGAACGGUCCUGGUCAAAAGUAGUGCACUAUAUAGGGAAUAGGGUGCCAUUUGUGACGCAAGCCUCUGUGGAGUUAACAGUGAUUCAGAAACCACUGAAUGAACGGCCAUGCUCUGCAGUGCCCACAUGGGAAAUCCUGCCUGGCUGAUAGUUAUUCCAAAGUGUCAGAGAAGGGAAAACGGAAAGAGGUUUCACACUUUUUUCUAUAUUUUCUUACCCUCCUGCUCCUCCUUUUUCUACCCCAUCUACACUGAGUGUACAAAACAUUAUGAACACUUGCUCUUUCCAUGACAUAGACUGACCAGGCUGAUCCAGGUGAAAGCUAUGAUCCCUUAUUGACGUUUUGGACACCUUGUAGAGUCCAUGCCCAGACGAAUUGAGUCUGUGCUAAGGGCAAAAGGGGUUGCAACUCAAUAUUAGGAUGGUGUUCCUAAUGUUUUAGACACUCAGUGUAUAUGGUUUACACUGAGUGUAGUAUGUUAUAGUCUUGGCGACUCCAUGAGGUCAAAUCCAAGUCAAGAGCAUUUCUUCCAUUCUUACCAUGUUUGUAGUCUUGUGAAAUUAGACAUUUAUUUUCUACCUAUGCCGAGCAAAUAGCGCUCCAAAAUAGCACUGAAAAUGUAACUUUGUAUAAUCCUUGUAAUAAUAACAGUGAUAGCUAGUAUUUCUCAGAUGUCGGCUACAUUUUCUGCCUUCCCCUCCCCAGCUGGUAGGUUCUGUUUGCGUCCAGGGGCUCUGGUCUGAAGUGGAAGGACUAUAUAGGGAAUCGGGUACCAGUUGGGGUGAAGAUGUUAGAAAGGCAGGCUGUUAUGGUAUUGUGAUUAAUGAAUGCUGUCUAAGGAGUGAUGAUGUGAUAUGUCCCAGUUACCAGGAAGUGAUGUGUUAUUUUUCUGUCUCUCUAUAAUCCUGGGUCUGUGACAAGGGAAGGAAACCAAAGUUCUGAAUGAAUAUAUUCUAGAAACAUGUAAGCGCCACCAACAAUGAGGUAGUCCUGCAAAAACGUAAGAGUAGCAAGCUUUCAGAAACCCAUCAGAAAUAAAAGUAUCAUAUUCAGAGAAAUGUACACAUUUUUAUUUACGUACAAGAGUACAAUUAGAGUAAAAUGGUUCCCAGGAGUGGAAUGUUUUAUGAAGGUCUAUCUAUCAAAUGAUUAGGACACACUAGACAUUUUUCCCUGACUCAUAGUUUGUCAUUUGAAUGAGGCUUAUUUAGUUAAGUCUACUCCAGUAUUUGUCUCAGGUAGCCAGUCUAAAGAGCAGGGAUGGAAAUUAAUCUAGGCCACUAGUAAAAAUUGUUCUACUAGACCAGCUGUCUAGUACCCAAAAUCCUUAAGUUUCAUGCCUGCUAAAGAAGGACCUUUUUCACAAUGUUCUGUAAUUGUAAUUAGAGACAGAAUGCUGUAAUUGUAACAAAACUGUAAUUGUAAACUACAAGAGUCCGUUGUUUUCCUCUUCAUCUUUGAACAUCAUUGUAAACAGGGGACUUCAGAUCAUUUUACUAUGUACAGUAACAUUUGAUAAAUUCACAAAAACAAUAUACAGCAUUUCAACAA